AGCGGCAGCAGCAACGCGCCGGGAUGUGUCGGGUCUCCCCCUCCUCCUCCCCGGGUCCCAGCCCUGCACCGUCUCGGUAUAAAAGCGCCACCGCCUCCCCGCCCGCCCUCACUCGCCUGCUGCCCGCAGCCCAGCACCACUCGGCAGCUCCGCGCCGAGGAGGGAGGCACCGCUGGAGAUAAUCCUUUCCCUCCCUGCCCCCCAUCCCGAGCAGCAGCAAGAGGAGAGGGGCUGGCAGGAUGGCGACCGUGGAGGUGGAAGCGGAGCCGGACCCGUCUUGUAGCAUCCCCAACCCCGCGUCCCCCUCGCCCAGCCUCUCGCAUCGCUUCCUCGACAGCAAAUUCUACCUGCUGGUGGUCAUCGGCGAGCUCGUGACCGAGGAGCACCUGAGGCGAGCCAUCGGCAACAUAGAGCGAGGAAUCCGAUCAUGGGACACAAAUCUGAUUGAAUGCAACUUAGACCAAGAACUGAAACUUUUUGUGUCUCGCCAUUCAGCUCGGUUUUCUCCUGAAGUUCGAGGUCAGAAAAUCCUUCACCACAGAAGUGAUGUCUUAGAAACAGUAGUCCUGAUUAACCCUUCAGAUGAAGCAGUUAGUACUGAGGUGCGUUUAAUGAUCACAGAUGCUGCAAGACACAAGCUUCUUGUACUAACUGGCCAGUGCUUUGAAAACACAGGAGAGCUCAUCCUCCAAUCAGGAUCGUUCUCGUUCCAGAACUUCAUUGAGAUCUUCACUGACCAAGAGAUUGGUGAAUUAUUGAGUACUACACACCCUGCCAACAAAGCCAGUUUAACUCUGUUUUGCCCUGAGGAAGGGGAUUGGAAAAAUUCAAACCUUGACAGACAUAACCUUCAAGACUUCAUCAACAUUAAACUCAACUCAGCAUCCAUAUUGCCUGAUAUGGAAGGACUUUCUGAAUUCACAGAGUAUCUGUCAGAAUCAGUAGAAGUGCCAUCACCCUUUGACAUUUUGGAACCGCCAACAUCUGGAGGUUUCUUGAAACUCUCAAAACCCUGCUGUUAUAUUUUCCCAGGUGGAAGAGGGGACUCUGCAUUGUUUGCAGUGAACGGAUUCAAUAUGCUUAUUAAUGGGGGAUCUGAAAGAAAAUCUUGCUUCUGGAAACUUAUCCGACAUUUAGACAGAGUGGAUUCCAUUCUGCUCACCCACAUUGGGGAUGAUAAUCUACCAGGAAUCAAUAGCAUGCUUCAACGAAAGAUAGCUGAGUUAGAAGAGGAACAGUCACAGGGUUCUACUACCAACAGUGACUGGAUGAAAAAUCUGAUCUCACCUGAUUUAGGAGUUGUAUUCCUCAAUGUUCCUGAAAAUCUGAAAAACCCUGAUCCUAAUUUUAGGGUAAAAAGAAGCAUAGAAGAAGCUUGUUUCACUCUCCAGUAUUUAAAUAAGUUGUCUAUGAAACCAGAACCUCUCUUUAGAAACAUAGGAAAUAUCAUUGACCCUAUCAUUCUAUUUCAAAAGAUGGGAGUAGGCAAACUUGAGAUGUAUGUGCUCAAUCCAGUCAAAAACAGCAAAGAGAUGCAGUAUUUUAUGCAGCAGUGGACAAGUACAAGUAAAGAUAAAGCUGAAUUACUGCUGCCAAAUGGUCAGGAAGUAGAUAUUCCAGUAUCCUAUUUGACCUCAGUCUCAUCACUGAUCGUAUGGCAUCCAGCAAAUCCUGCAGAAAAAAUAAUCAGAGUUUUGUUUCCAGGAAACAGUACCCAGUAUAACAUACUAGAAGGACUGGAAAAACUCAAACAUUUAGAUUUCCUUAAACAACCAAUGGUUACACAGAAAGACCUUACUGGUAACAUACCUAGCCCAGCAGUAAAACAAGCAAAGCUGAAACAGCGAGCAGACAGCAAGGAAAGUCUCAAACCUGCCACAAAGACACUAUCAACCAAGACUGUCAGAAAAGAAUCUAAAGAAGAAGCAUCUGAACCAGCAAAGCCUAGUCCUCCAGAAAAGCCUCAGAAAGUAGAAAGCAAAGAAAAGACUACAGUAAAAAAGGAAAAACCAGCAAAAGCAGAGACAAAACCUUUAGUAACAGAAAAAGAUAUGGCAGCUAAGGAGGAGCAGCUAGUGAAAUCCGAAACUGCUGAAAAACAAGCAGCAGAUGUCAAACCAAAAGUUGCAAAGGAGAAGCAUGUGAAAAAGGAAGUGAAAGUAAAAUCUGAAGAAAAGAGAGAGGAAAAAGAAAAACCAAAGAAAGAGGUUUCUAAGAAAGAGGAGAAAACUCUUACCAAGAAAGAGGAAAAACCUAAAAAGGAAGAAAUCAAGAAAGAAACAAAAAAGGAAGUGAAAAAGGAAGAGAGAAAAGAGUCUAAAAAAGAAUUAAAAAAAGAAACUCCCCAAAAGGAAGCUAAAAAAGAAGAGAAAAAGGAAAUUAAAAAGGAAGAAAAAGAAUCCAAAAAAGACACCAAAAAGCUUCCAAAAGAAACAAAGAAAACACUUGCUCCUUCAACUGAAGCCCGAAAGCCUGUGACAAAACCUAAAGCACAAAAGAAAGAGGAAUCUGUUAAAAAGGAAGCUGGGCCUGCUGAAAAACCAAAGGAAAAAGGCAAAAUUAAGACAGUAAAGAAAGAGAGCAAGGUCAGUGAAACACAAGCUGCUGUGGCUGCAGUGGGAGCGGUUGCCGCAGCAGCAGUAGCUGCUGGAGUAGUAGCUAAUGGAAAAGAACUUGAAGCUGAGAGAUCCCUUAUGUCUUCACCAGAGGAUUUAACAAAAGACUUUGAAGAAUUAAAGGCUGAAGAAGUAGAAAUAGUAAAGGAAACAAAGCCUCAGGUAGGGUUAAUAGAAGGUGAAGGGAAACUAGCUGACUCAGAACAAAAGGAAGCACAUGAAAUCCAGAAAGAAAAAGUAGAUACUGAAGUACCUGCUGACUCUCCUGAUGAAGGCAUAACGACCACUGAAGCUGAGGGUGAAUGUGAACAGACACCUGAAGAGCUGGAGCCUGUAGAAAAGCACAGGGUUGAUGACAAUGAAAAAUUUGAAGAUGAAGGAACUGGUUUUGAGGAAUCAUCUGAAGCAGGUGAUUAUGAAGAAAAGGCAGAGACCGAGGAGGCUGAGGAACAAGAUGAAGAUGAGGAAGAAAAAGCAACAUUGGGCAUCACAAAACAGGAUAUUGGCGUGGCAAGAGAAAUGGGAGAGACUGAAGCUGAUAAACAUGCUAAAACUAAAGAUAAAUAUGUUGAAAAGGCAGAAUCUGAGGCAGGGGAUGAGCGAGCUGAAGAAGAUAUGGAAGAGACAGUUGAAAAGGCAGAAACUGAAGAGACUGAAGAAGAAGCUGAGGAGGAAGACAAAAUGGAGGAUGUCAGAGAUGAAGAAGAGGAAACUGAAAAAGUUGAAGCUGAAGAAGAUUAUGUUAUGGCUGUGGUAGACAAAGCUGCAGAGGCUGGUGAAGUUGAAGAUAAAUAUGGCUUACUCAUAAUUACACCAACUAAACACUCUGAACCUCAGUCCCCAGCUGUUGAACCAGCAUCUUCUAUUCAUGAUGAGACUUUACCUGGGAGUUCAGAAAGUGAAGCUACUGUUUCUGAUGAAGAAAAUAGAGAAGACCAACAUGAGGAAUUCACUGCUACUUCAGGUUAUACUCAGUCUACCAUUGAAAUUUCUAGUGAGCCAACACCAAUGGAUGAAAUGUCAACUCCUCGGGAUAUCAUGAGUGAUGAAACAAACAAUGAAGAAAGUGAAUCACCUUCUCAAGAAUUUGUAAACAUUACUAAGUAUGAGACAUCACUGUAUUCUCAAGAAUUUACUAGACCUAAACUCUCUCCACUUCAGGAUGCUUUCAAUGGUUUAUCUGAAGGAUCAAAAACAGAUGCCACAGAAGGUAAAGAUUAUAAUGCUUCAGCGUCUACUCUCUCACCACCUUCUUCAUUAGAGGAAGACAGAUUCUGCAAAUCUUCCUUUCAAGAAAUGUACCAUCAAAGAGAAAAUGAAAUCAAAAGUACUGCUAAAUUACAAAUCAAAGAUACCUUUUCACAGGCAUUUGAUGAAAAGCAUAGCCCAGCUAAGAGUCCAGUUCAGAGUCCAUCACCUCCGUCACCAGUUGCUAAAACACCACUAAGUGAACGUAGUGUGAACUUUUCCCUGACUCCCAAUGAGAUUAAGGCAUCAGUUGAACCUGUAGUGCUCACUGCAUUGCCUGACCAACAUCCAGAAGUUAUGGAAGAGCACUGUGUCAGCCCUGAUGAUAAAACAUUAGAAGUGGUGUCUCCUGCACAAUCUGUUGCUGGUAGUGCAGGCCACACACCUUAUUAUCAAUCUCCCACUGAUGAAAAGUCCAGCCGGCUUCCUUCUGAACUCAUUGAAAAGGCAGCAGAGGCUCCGGUUAGUUUUGAAUUUAGUGAUGCCAAAGAUGAGACUGCAAAACCCAGAAUAAGCCCUAUGGAUGAGCCUGUGCCAGACUCAGAAUCGCCUAUUGAAAAAGUUCUGUCUCCUUUACGAAGUCCACCUUUGAUAGGUUCAGAGUCUUCAUAUGAUACAUUUUUGACUGCUGAUAUAAAGUCAACUGCCAGACUGACUGAGAGUCAUUUUGAGGAGAAAAGUGAAAAAGAAGAGUCCCCUGUUCAGAUAAGCCCAGUUUCUGAAGUCACCUCUGUGGAUCUUUUCCAAGGACAACAAGAUGAAAAAAGUAUGGCAUUUAUGCCAGCUAAAGGUUUUGGUCUAGAAAAGAAUAUGGGGGAUAUUGAAGCUACCAGUUCUCAGUCUCCACUGGUUUUGGAUGAAGGGAAGCUAGCAGGAGAUGUCUCUCCUACACAAAUAGAUGUUAGCCAGUUUGGAUCCUUUAAAGAAGACACCAAAAUGUCAAUAUCUGAAGGUACAGUCUCUGACAAAUCUGCAACUCCUGUUGAUGACGUUGUAGCAGAAGACACGUAUUCACAUAUAGAAGGAGUUGCUUCUGUCUCCACAGCCUCUGUUGCUACUAGUUCAUUUCCAGAGCCAACUACAGAUGAUGUUUCUCCUUCUUUACAUGCUGAGGUUGGAUCACCACAUUCUACAGAAGUUGAUGAUUCUCUUUCUGUAUCUGUUGUACAAACACCAACAAUUUUUCAGGAAACAGAAAUGUCUCCAUCUAAAGAAGAAUGUCCGAGACCCAUGUCAAUUUCUCCACCAGAUUUUUCACCUAAAACUGCACAAUCAAGAACACCAGUGCAAGAGCAUAGAUCUCCUGAGCAGUCAACUAUGUCAGUAGAAUUCAGUCAGGAGUCCCCUGAGCAGUCUUUGGCAAUGGACUUUAGUAGACAAUCUCCAGAACAUCCCACAGUAGGCAGUAGCAUACACCAUAUAUCUGAAAAUGGACCAACUGAAGUAGAUUAUAGCCCUUCAGAGAUACAGGAACCUACUUUUUCACAUAAGAUAUCCCCUGUGGAGCAGACAUGUUAUACUCAAGAAAAGGAUCUUUCAGAGAUUAUUUCAGUAUCUCAGAUUGAAGCUUCACCCUCAACUUCAUCAGAACAUACACCUUCACAGAUAGCUUCUCCACUGCAAGAGGAAACUCUCCCAGGUGUCAUGCCACCCAGAGAUAUGCCGCUGCAUUCUUCAUUUACUUCAGAAAAGAUGCAGAGCCUAGGAGAAAAGCUUUCACCAAAGUCUGAUUUAUCUCCUUUAACUACAAGAGAAUCCUCUCCUUUAUACUCUCCUAGUUUUUCAGAUUCACCUCCUGCGGUCAAAGAAACAACUGCUGCUUGUCACUCACCAUCACUAUCACUUCAUGUGUCCUCAGAUAAAAUAUUUGGUUACCAUACCUCAGUAACACAUGACACAAUACAAGAUUCUCUAACAAAACAUAGUCCAGAGCCUUUAGCCUCCACAGAAAAAGAAGCUGAAAAAAUCACCAGGUCAGCUGAGGCCAUUAGUUAUUCCUACAAGACAACUGGGAAAACUACUAGAUCACCAGAGGCCAUUAGUUAUUCCUACGAGAUAACUGGGAAAACCACUAGAUCACCAGAGGCCAUUAGUUAUUCCUAUGAGACAACUGGGAAAACCACCAAGUCACCUGAAGCUCCUAGUUAUUCCUAUGAGGCAGCAGAGAAAACCACUAGAUCACCAGAGGCCAUUAGUUACUCCUGUGAGACAACAGAAAAAACCAUCAUGUCACCUGAAGCCAUGGAUUAUUUUUAUGAGAGAACUGGAAAAAUCACCAGGUCACCUGAGGCUAUUAGUUACUCCUACGAGCCAACAGAGAAAACCCCCAGGUCACCUGAAGCCAUGGAUUAUUCCUGUGAGAGAAUUGGGAAAACCACCAGGUCACUUGAAGCCGUAGAAUACUCCUAUGAACCAACAGAGAAAACCACCAGGUCACCUGAAGCUGUGGAAUACUCCUAUGAACCAACAGAGAAAACCACCAGGUCACCUGAAGCUGUGGAAUACUCCUAUGAGAGAACUGGGAAAACCACCCGGUCACCUGAAGCUGUGGAAUACUCCUAUGAGAGAACUGGGAAAACCACCCGGUCACCUAAAGCCGUAGAUUACUCCUUUGAAACAACUGGGAAAUCAAUGAGAUCACCUGAGGCUGUUGGUUUUGCCUAUGAGACACCUGGGAAAACCACAAGGUCACCUGAGGCUGUUAGUUACUCCUAUAAGCCAGACGUACAUUUUACUGCAGAAAAAUCAUCUCUAGCAGAAACCCGUCAAGAUGUUGAUUUAUGCCUUGUGUCUUCCUGUGAAUACAAGCAUCCCAAAACUGAACUUUCACCCUCAUUUAUCAACCCGAAUCCCCUGGAGUGGUUUGCAAGUGAAGAACAGUCUCAAGAACAAGAAAAGCCAUUAACCCAGUCUGGAGGAGCCCAGCCACCUUCAGGAGGAAAACAGCAAGCACGCCAGUGUGACGAAACUCCUCCCACCUCAGUAAGCGAGUCUGCUCAAUCUCAGACCGAUUCAGAUGUUCCCCCAGAGACUGAAGAAUGCCCUUCUAUUACUGCAGACGCUAACAUUGACUCAGAAGACGAAUCCGAAACCAUUCCAACUGAUAAAACAAUUACAUACAAACAUAUUGACCCUCCACCAGUCCCAAUGCAAGACCGCAGUCCUUCACCCCGGCACCCAGAUGUCUCAAUGGUAGACCCAGAAGCUUUGCCAGUUGAUCAGAACUUAGGCAAACCUUUGAAGAAGGAUCUGAAGGAAAAGACAAAAACUAAAAAGCAGGGUACUAAGACCAAGUCUUCCUCACCAGCCAAAAAAAGUGAUGGUAAAUCAAAGCAGGUGGCUUCACCAAAGCCAGGUGGCUUAAAGGAAUCUUUAGACAAAGUUUCCAGAACAGCUUCUCCAAAGAAGAAAGAGUCUGUGGAGAAAGCAGCGAAAAAUAUCUCUAUUCCAGAAGUAAAAUCUUCCCGUGUUGAGGAAAAAGAUAAGGAGGCCAAGAAUGCAACAAAUUCCACAACAUCGAAGUCUGCAAAGACUGCAACUUCAGGAUCUGGAAAUAGCAAAUCAGCAAAAUCCACAUCUGUGCCUCCAGGACCUCCAGUGUACUUGGACCUGGUAUAUAUUCCCAACCACAGUAAUAGCAAGAAUGUCGAUGUAGAGUUUUUCAAGAGGGUGAGGUCAUCCUACUACGUGGUGAGUGGGAAUGAUCCUGCAGCUGAAGAACCAAGCAGGGCUGUUCUGGACUCCCUGCUGGAGGGCAAGGCUCAGUGGGGAAGUAACAUGCAGGUGACCUUAAUCCCAACCCAUGAUUCAGAAGUAAUGAGGGAAUGGUACCAAGAGACCCAUGAGAAACAACAGGACCUCAACAUCAUGGUUUUGGCAAGCAGCAGCACUGUUGUUAUGCAAGAUGAAUCUUUCCCUGCAUGCAAGAUUGAACUGUAGAAACAAGGCCAUACACCGCAACAUUAAACUUUAUUUCCAGAAAUUCUUCAGUUUGAAAAUAACUUUUCUAAAAAUUCAACCCAUCUAAUUCAACUGCUGAACUAUAUACCUGCCAAAUGCUAUACUGUGUCACCGUGAUGCAAGUCACUAAUAUUUUUCAGUCUUUGAUUGCUAAGGGAAAUAACAGUAUUCCCAAAGUAGGGUUCAGAUUACUGCAAAAUUACAGAUCCUGGUUCAUCUCUGCUGAACAUCUGGAAACCAUGCACUAGCAAACCCAACUGACUUCUGCCAGGUAGAGGCAUUUGCCCUUGAAAGAAACACAAAGAGAGAGAGAAAUAGAGAGAGGGGUAGGAGGAGAAAGUAUAAAUAAUUGGGCCUGCAUUAGUCUCACGGCAAUAGAUGUAUUGCUUACUGCAGUCUGCUUAUGCUCUCACAUGAAAAGAAAGUUUUAAAUUUGUAUCAGUCUGAGUUAUAGGAUAGGGGGCCUUAGUUUACAAAAUUAUGUCAGCUAAUAAUAAAAGGAAAGUGAAUGUGGCUUUGAAGGGACAUAAGAUCUAAACACUCAUUAGCCAUUAACUAAUUUGAACUCUGCAUACUCACAUAACAUAAUUAUCAUAGACUAAUAUGCAAGUAGUUUGAACCCCAUUCAGAACUCUAAAACUUUUCUUUUAACAUGCAAAUAUGUUGGUCUAAGGCAUGCUCCCAGUGAAUAUCUAUUUAGUCCACUCAGAAUCAACAAACCUGCAUGCUUAAACACCUAAGUCAACAGCCAAUUUACUGAAGCAAAAUACCAAAGCAGUUGGGGAGUACAUACAGUAGACAAAUUGCCUUAGAAAGUGACUUGAAUGUACAAAGAUACUUAAUGCACUUAUUUUUUAAUGUGAGACAGCAAGUUUAUAAAACAUCUGUUUAGGAUUAUAGUUACACCAGUAAAGAAGUGUGAGUGUGCAUGUGUGGUACUAGAAGCCUAUCUGAUUGGUCAAACAGCUUGGUACUAUGAAUUAUGUAUGUUGGCUGAACACUUCAUUAGUACACCUGGACAGCUCAACAAAACAAGACUAGCAUUUUUGAAAGCUGCUUUCCUACUGCGGAAGCAAGAUUGAAGUGGUGUCCAGUAUCAGAAAUGCAAAACUUAGUGAAACACAGUAUAUUGAAAAAGGUUCUCAGUGAGUCUGUACAGUAUUUUACCUUCCUUUGUCUUACGUUAUUUUAUUUGUUAAUUUAAGAGUGAAUAUGGGAACAAAUGUAUAGAAGAAUUUUUUUUAGCUCUGUGAACUUUUAAUAGAUGACUUUUUAACAAAAGGUUUUGUUUACAGGAAAAUGCAAAGAAAAAAAAUUUCAGGUGAAGGCAAUUUUUUUUUAGUAGUUUUGUAAGAAAUACAUUAUGUUGUUUGAGGUUCUGGUGAGAAUGAAGUAUGAUAUUGCAGCAACAUAUUUAUUGAAAACAUUUAACUGCUAAGAAUUUUGGGGGAAAAUACCUAAUGAUUAAACUAAUCUAUUAGUGCUCACAAAAAAUAGGAGUUGAAAUGCCAGUUGACUGCUCUUUACAAAGUGGUAAUUAGACUCACAGUUCUCCCAAGAUCUUUAAAAAGAUUGAAAAAGCAACUAUUACCUUAAAUAAGCCAAGCAUGUUUGGGAGGCGGGAGGGUUGGUUUUCUUUGUGUGUGUGCGUAUGUGUGUUUUUUUGUUUUCUCUGUAAAGCGUUCCCAGUGUCUACAGAUCAUUUCCAAAAGUACAGCAUUCAGAUCAGUUCCACUAUUAAAGAGAGUUUGGACUCUUAAGUCUUGGAAGCUUUACAACUGUAGAAAAUAUUGUUACAUUUCAGUUUGCAGACUUAUGCAUCAGAAUUUAAAUAAAGUAAAGGCCUCUAAACGGAGAUUUGUUCUGGUCUGUACAAUUCACCUUUAUGGUAGGCUUUGAGUUCCUCUAGGUAGUGAACAAUGACCUCAUUUUAUUUUCUUUACAUAUUAUGUAUUUUAAAUGUUAACAUUGUUAGUUUAUUUUUGUUUGAUAGGUGUAUGUUUGCACUGCUAAUUUUUAUGUGUUUUUUUAAUACUACUAUGGAGCCCUUUAAAUCUGGGCCCUUGUAGCCCAUUUAAUGCUGUGAAUUACUGUUUGUCAUAUGUGGGUGGAGGUUGUUUUAAUAUUUUUGUUAAAUAUCAUUAGCAAUGCUAUUUUAUUUAUUGGUCUACCUUUUAGAUCCUUGAAAAUAACUCAGAAUGAUUUUUAUACAAAAGACAAAGGGAAAUGUAUUGUGAAAACAAGCGGAAUUUGCUGAGCUCAUAAUCAUUUACUUAACAUUUAUUUUGUCUAUGAAGUGAAAGGCAAAAUAUUUUAUUAGUUAGCUGAUUUGGCAGAAUGUUGUAUUAUUUCUACCACAAUUCUUUCUGAUUUGUCUACUCUCUCAUGUAGGUAAGAUUUCAGACUUUUUGGGUUUGAGGAGCAAAUUCCAGACUCUCCCAAAACUGGAAGUAGUUUGUUUCUCCACUUUGAUAGAAACGCUAAUGAGCAAUGAUCUCGAGACUGAUCUUAUACCAAUGUAAAUCAGGUGUAGCUUCACUGAAAUUGAGGGUAAAUUAGUAUAAAUUAAAUCGGAAACAAGCUUUAAAUUUUGAACACCCUAAGUAAAUUCGUAACAGCUCAAAUAAUUGUUUUACUUAAAAGAAAAAAAGCCAGUUUCAGCCAAUCUUAAACUGUACUUUGAUUUUUUGCUGCUAUAGAAUUUUUUUUAAAAGUCGGUUGUUUUGAAUCAGCUGACAUUGUUCCUAUGAGAUAUUGUAAUACUUCUUCCAUCCACUCUUCUAAAUGACAUCCAAGGCUGAGAGUUAUUAACUUCCCAAUUAGCUCCUCUUGCCCUUACUGCCUUUCCUGCCUGUGUAACUAAUCUAAUUGUGCUAGUCAUAGUCAUACACAAUUAGUUUAGUAACAGCCAUCAAAAUGUACCAUGUACGUUAAUGGUGAGCGCUGUUGAUCAGCACAGAUUUCUAGGAGCAUGGUUUGAUAUUGAUUACUCUAAUUAUAAAGGUUCAAUAUUUGAGUGUAAAGAACACUCUACUGAAAUGAUGUUGUUACCCAAGACAAUAUUCCCAAUCAUGACCUUUAUGGUAGUACUGCACUGCUGAAUAAAAUUCAAUGAAGAAUUAACAUUGGAGAUCUCAUCCAUUUCCAAACCUAAAGAGAUCCCCUUGCAUGCCUUCUCAAAGUCUCGCGCUGGGGCUGACUACACUGUCUCUUUCCUUUAAUUCCAUCUCCCAUAGAGUUCACUCUGGUGAAUGAAUCCAAUUGUGUAUAGGGUUUUUUUUAAAUUGUCUCCAGUAGCUUAUAUGGUUUAGGAGCCUUCCAGUACUCAAUUGCUAAGAUCUAAUAGUUUUGUUAAUGGAAUUUUCCACCCUUCCCACUGCAAGAAAUUCAGCUGCAAGGAACAAUUACUGUGCAUUUUUGAAAUUUCUGUCAUAUGCCUCUUUUAUUCAUGUGUCACAGGAGGUACUUGCUCAGUGAUGACAUUUGGAAAGAAAUGGUAAUUUUUUUGGUCUGGAUUUAUUAGAAAAGGAAAAACUAUAAUGUUUACACUUGAAAGAAACUGUAAGCUUUCACCUGUUCACUUAAUAAUUGAACAAAAACACAAAGCAACCUAGUGACGAGCAUUUCUUUGAAUGCAAUUAUGUUAUUCACCUGAUUAAAAAUGUUUGCUAUUUAAAAAAAAAAAUCUGUUUUUUGUGACUUUACAAAAAAAAUCAAAUAACUAAAUAAAAAGGCAGCAUAAAAAUAUUGGAAAGAAAGGAAAAAAGGGGGAAAAAAAGCUUCUCUGCACUUAACUAGCUAGGCGCUCCAGAUGACAGGAGCUAUCUAUAAAAUUCAUUCAAGACUGGGCUGUAAUCACAACAGUAGAAGAGCAAUUAAUAAAGUACAAUAUGCUUUCAGAUGUUUGCAUGCAGCCAUAUAUCUUCCAAACUAUGGAAAGAAACAGUCUUGUUGCCAGCUGAGAAGCACCUCACACACUCCUCUCUCUUGUUCUGAAUGGUGUUUGUGUCAGUCUGCAGCUGUGUAUGGUAAUAUGUCUUAUAAUCCUGCAUCACUUCUAUUCUAUCCAGUCAUAUCUAAUGUAGAAAAAUAGUUUCCAGUGAAAGUAAUAUGUAGUGCUUUUAUGAUAUUUGUGUGCAAUAUCCCCUCUUCCAUUGAGGAUAUUUGAUGUAAAGGAAACAAACUCAGUUCCACAAUAAAAUACAAAAGUGAUGAA